GUGUUUCACACUAAAGUAUCUGAUCAGCAUGUUUUAUUGACUGAAAAGAGAACAGUGAAACGCAGCGAAGAAGAAGAAGAGGAACCAGACCUAACUCCACGACAAGAGGCUGCGCGGCACAUGGUUUCCAAAGAUCUCCCAGUUUUCUCCGGUGAUCCCGCUGAGUGGCCGAUUUUUAUAUCGCACUACGACUACCAGGCGAUAUGGAUACUCGAAUUGGGAGAAUAUGCUGCGCCUGCAAAAGUGCCUGAAAGGACCUGCCCUCGAAGCUGUUCGGAGUCGAUUUGUGGUACCGGACAUAGUUCCACAGGUUAUCGAGAAGCUACGUUCCAAAUAUGGGCGGCCGGUGCACUUAAUUAAAACAUUAAUCGAGAAGGUGCGGAAGAUUCCGGCGCCCCAAACUGACAAGCUGGACAGUUUAGUCGAGUAUGGGGAAGCAGUGCAGUGUAUGGUGGACCAUAUGGUUGCGGCUGGUGAACGUGCGCAUAUCACCAACCCGCUCUUGCUGUAAGAGGUGGUCGGCAAGUUACCAACGGAUCAACAGUUACGUUGAUCGCAUCACAUCCGCGGAAUGACAUCAGUGGAUCUGUCCACAUUCAGCGACUACAUGGAGGAUUUGGCCGAAGACGCUGCGAGGCUGACGACGAUUGACUCUCCUUCAGAGCGCGGGACCAGCAAGGAAAGGCCUACGGGCUACGUCCACGCGCACGUGGAUAAAGAUGGAGCGAGAACGUCCAGCGCGGCUGAAGGGCAGUGUGUAUCCUGUAACGUCGCGAGGCAUGUAUUGUCGACAUGCACUAAUUUUCGAGGACUGCUGGUUAAGGAUCGAUGAGGCGAGCGCGUGAGCUAUCGGUGUGCUUUAGCUGCCUGGAGAAGCACAAUUGGCGAUCGUGCAAAAAUCGUCCUCGUUGUGGCAUCAACGAUUGUGCAUACCGACAUCACGCGCUUCUACACGACCCGGAUGCAUCAAUAUGGUCACCUUCUACUGCAGACCGAGAACGGCGGCACUUCCCGAGAACCAGUGGAAGUCAGACGCACCAGGUAAUAAAUAAUUAUCAUCAGUCGAAUCCGCUGUCGGUGCUUUUUAGAAUCGUUCCAGUAACAGCGUAUGGACCCGGUGUGAUGAUAAAUACCUUCGCGUUCCUGGACGAAGGCUCGUCAAUGACGCUGAUGGACGAAGACCUGGCAAAGCAGUUAGGGGUGAAGGGAGAAAGACGACCUCUAUGUAUCAAGUGGACAGGUGAUACGACUAGGGUCGAGCCGGCGUCGAUGAUGAUUGAUUUGCAGAUUGGACCUGUGACGUCGACAAAAAGGUUCAAUCUGAAAGCUGUGCAGACUGUCACCAGCCUUAGCCUCCUACAGCAAACUUUUACGAUGGAUUACGAGAGAUGGGACCAUCUUAAGCAGCUGCCAUUGCCGGAGUAUCGUGAUGCUCGGCCACAGUUGUUGAUCGGGCAGGACAACCUUCGAUUGGCGGUGCCGCUGAAGACGCGUGAAGGCCUUGCAGGGGAACCGGUUGCCGUGAAGACUCGGCUUGGAUGGUGCGUGUAUGGGAAGACUGCUGGAAGCCAAAUCGGAGGGUGCUACAUAUGUGCGAGUGUGGAGCAUCAGACGAAAACUCCACCAUCCAGGGGGCCUUACGCAAGUUUUAUGAGUUGGAGCAACUCGGGACUGUCUCCAGUGACGUGCCUGAUCCCGAUGAACGAAGGGCACUGACGAUCCUGGAAACAACGACGAUGCGGAUUGGUAAUCGGUUUGAAAGCGGUCUGUUGUGGAAGACAGACAACGUGGAGCUUCCUUCGAGCUUGGGUAUGGCGCGUCGCAUCCUGGAAUGCCUGGAAAGAAGGAUGGAACGUGACCCUAAGCUGAAAACCAUGGUGCACCAUCACAUAGCCGAUAUGAUGGAAAAGGGUUACAUCCACAAGGCGACGUCUGCUGAACUUUCCGAGAGUAAUUCGAAGCGAAUUUGGUACCUGCCGUUGGGAGUGGUUACCAAUUCGAAGAAGCCAUGGAAGGUGCGCAUCAUCUAGGAUGCCGCUGCUAAGGUACAAGGUACGUCCCUGAAUGACAUGUUGCUGAAGGGGCCGGACGAGUUAAUUUCUUUGCCAGGGGUGCUGUUCCGGUUUCGAAUGUACGGGAUAGCGGUGUGCGCGGACGUAAAGGAAAUGUUCCUGCAAAUACGCAUGCGCGACGAAGACAAGCAAGCGUAGCGGUUCCUGUGGCGGGAAGAUCCUGCUGACGACAUCGCAACGUAUUUCGUGGACGUCGUUACCUUUGGGUCGGCUUGCUCCCCAGCGACCGCACAAUACGUGAAAAACCGGAACGCCAGGGAACAUGCCGAGAAAUACCCUCGUGCCGUACGUGGCAUCUUGACCAGCACGUAUGUCGACGACUAUUUGGAUAGCUUUGGAACACUCGAAGAAGCCAGUCGGAUAUCCAGAGAAGUCAGGGGAAUUUUCUCGAACGGCGGGUUCGUACUUCGGAACUGGGUUUCCAACAAUCCGGUUGUUUUGGAUCGACUGGGCGGCGAAAGCUCCAGUCCCGGUAUGAAGCGUUUGACGUCUACGGCGGAUGAUGGAGAACGUGUGCUCGGAUUGCGGUGGAACCCGAGCUCGGACCAAUUGUCCUUUUACACGCAGGCGUGUGUGGGAAUGGCGGAGAUAUUUGAGACGGAGCUUACCCCUACCAAGCGAGAAGUGAUCAAAUGCGUGAUGUCACUUUUUGAUCCGCUUGGACUGUUGGCACAUUUCAUCAUCCAUGGAAGGAUCUUGAUUCAAGACCUCGCCGUUCUUUAACGGCACGGCGUUAAAAAACGGGUGCUCUGGACGGACAGUACAGUGGCGCUAUCAUGGAUACAUGCCGACCCUAGGAACUACAGGCCAUUUGUCGCAAAUAGAGUUGCGGAGAUUCAGGAGAACACCAACGUGAAUGAGUGGCGAUGGGUGCCCACUCAUGACAAUCCAGCAGACAAAGCUACCAAAUGGAAAGGGUGUGGGAACUUCAACUGGGAUGGCAUUUGGUUCCAGGGUCCCUCUUUAUUACUGCAGGAUGAAGAGUCUUGGCCGACGAAAAGACUCGUGUCAACUACUCCGGAGGAAGAGAUACGGCGGGUCAACCUUCACCGCGAGAAGUUGAACCCUGGACUUCUUCCUCUUAAAGCUGAACGCUUCAGCCGCCUGAAAAGGAUGACCAGGACGUUGGCGUGGAUUGUCAUAGACGUGGACAAUUUAAUGAGAAAGGUGCGAGGAGCCCCUCUACACCUUGGAAUCCUCUCUCAAGACGAAUUGGAGAGAGCGGAGACGAUUGCGUGGAAGCAAGCGCAAGGGGAAUAUUUUCAGGAUGAAGUACGAGUCCUGAGUGUCGGUGAGGGAACAGGAAGGAGUACCGUGCCUAAGGAUAGUCCUAUCUAUGGCCUCUUACCCUACGCGGAUGAGC